AUGGGUGAACUUACAACAGGUAGAGGCUUGCAUCAAGAACUUGGUCUUAUAAGAUCUGGUGAUACUCGUUGGGGAUCUCACUACAAAUCCUUUUGUAAUUUUAUUCUUAUGUUUGCCUCUAUUAUUGAUGUUCUUGAUGCAUGUUCUCCAGAUGAAAGUGCUAAGGAUAUUGCAAAUGCUAUGCUACUCGUUAAAGUAGCAAAGAGAAUGUUGCAAUCGUUAAGGGAGGAUGCCUGGGAUGCGCUUAUUGAUAAGGUAUCUACAUUUUGUAUAAAGUAUAACAUUUUGAUUCCUAAUUUUGAAGAGCCAUAUGUUAACUCUGGAAGAUCAUGGCGUAAACCUGCUGAUCAUACGGUCUUACAUCAUUAUCGUUAUUAUAUGUUCUAUAAAAUUAUUGAUUGGCAACUUCAAGAACUCAGUGAUCGUUUUAACGAGGUGACUACUGAUUUGCUUCAUGGAGUUGCUUGUUUGAAUCCAAUUGACUCAUAUUCUAGUUUUAACAUCAGGAAGAUAAUGAGAAUGGCUGAAAAUUAUAUCCUGAUGACUUUAAUGAAUUUAGUAUGGGUUCUCUUGAGAAUCAGCUUGCGACAUACAUUAUUGAUGUCUGUGAUAUUGAUGAAAGGUUUGCCAAGAAAACUAGUUCUCAAGAAAACAAGUUCAGAAGCACUUAAACUUUCCUCUCGUAUUCCGCUUAGUGAAAGUUUUUUACUUGCCCGCCUUGCAUCCGUUGAAAGAGGCGUUUUCGGCAAUGAAGUUUAUUAA